AUGCAGUUCAGCACCAUCGCCACCAUCCUCUCCGCCGCCAUGGCCGUCACCGCCACCCCACUUGCUGGAGGCUGGCCAAGCAGCGGCAGCGGGGGCGACUCCAGCAGCACCUGCGCCAAGGGCAGCGACGUCUCUUGCUGCUCGACCGACUCCAGCGGCAGCGAUGCUCUCGGCAACGUCCUCGGUGGCAGCUGUGUCCUGUCUCAGCUCCUCGGCCUGCUCGACACCACCUGCCCAGCUGGCAACACCUUCUGCUGCCCAACCAACCAGGACGGCACCCUCAACAUCGCCCUCUCCUGCAUCCCCAUCAACCUCUAA